AUGUCUACUCCUCAUCGUCGACGGGCUAAACGAGGAAGAGGUGCUUUGAAAGAAGAUAUCCAACCUCAACAACCUGAUCAAACAGAAGAAGGAUCAACAAGUAAUGUUCAGUUUACAUCUCCAUCAAAUGAUAGAAAUCAUGAAGUACCGAUUGUAAACCACGAACAUGAAGUUGUUGGCCAAAGAACUGAAUUUGAAGCUAUCAAGAAAGGUCAGAAUUUGAAGAAUACAUCGCAGCACAUUUCUACUAUUAUCGAGGUACAGUCAAAGGAGACUAUACAGAAAAAUAGGUUACGGUUCAUAACAUUAAUCGAAUGUGCCCGAUGGCUAGCCUUUCAGCAGUGUCCUUUUAGAGGCCAUGAUGAGUCAAAAAUCUCAAAGAAUCGUGGUAGUUUUAUUGAGAUGAUACGGUAUUCGGAUACACUCAACGAGAAGGUGAAAGAGGUUUUCUUAGAUAAUGCUCCUCGAAAUGCUACGUAUACCUCUCCUACCAUUCAGAAAGAGAUUUUAAAUAUUAUUUCUAACAAAGUCAAAAACGAAAUUUGUGAGGAUAUUGGAAAUAGGAAAUAUUGUAUACUUGUGGAUGAAUGUAAAAAUGCUUCAAACAAAGAGAAGAUGGUGCUUGUUUUAAGGUUUGUUGAUAGUAAUGGGUAUGUCCAAGAACGAUUUUUUGAUAUUCAGCGUGUCAAAAAUACAUGUGCUUUAACUCUCAAAGAAGGUUAUGAUGGUGCAAACAAUAUGAGUGGUAAGUGGAAUGGGUCGCAAUCCUUGUUUCUUGAAGAUUGUAAACAUGCAUACUAUGUUCACUGUUUCGCACAUCGACUACAACUUGCUCUUGUUAAAACAAAUGAAAACUUGGGUCCAGUCUGGAAGUUUUUUUCAAUGUUAACCUCUAUUGUUAAUCUUGUGAUCGGUUCUUCAAAGCGUGUAGCUGAUUUCCAAUCAUCUCAAGAAGAUGACAUUAACGAAAGGUUGGAUGCUGGUGAACUUGAAACGGGAAGAGGGGGUAACCAAAUAGGUACGUUGCCACAAGCUAGUGAUACUCGAUGGAGUUCUCAUUUUAAUUCUGUAUGCAGUUUAAUUGACAAGUUUGAUCCAACUUGUACAACAAUAGAAAAUAUCAGUAUGAGUGAUGCAAAUAUGACAUGUGGUGUUGGUCAAGCACAAAGUAUUUUUGAAGAUAAUUGUGAAAGAAAGAAAUUUUACGUAAAAAAAACAAGCCUGGUAAUAAACUAA